UGCGAAGGAGAACAUUGUCAAUAAAUCUGCUACCCAUGAAUAUGAACCGAAAGUCGUUGAUGUUCCAUAAAGAAGUGCAUCAAUUGGAAAUAGCAUCAAUUACCGCAAGUGGAAUGUUUUCACAUCGCAUUACGCUCAACGAAUGAAGUGAAAGCAAUAAACUAGAAGUGGAUAGAGGCCCUAGUAGCUAGAGUGUUAAAUAAGGAAUAAAUAUAAAAACGUGUGUGUGUGUGAUGUGGUGAUAAUUUAUUCGAUCAUUGAAUUAAAUUUAUGUCCUUACAGCCGCAUAUUGACGUUAACGAGAAAAUACGCCGAGAGUUAUGAUUACAAAUCUGAUAUAUUUUUAAGAAAAAUCAAUCAUGAUUACGUAAAAUGUCACGUACAGAUGCUCUGCUGUAGUAUAUAGAUAUUCCGUUUGAAAAUACAACCAGUACGAUUAUAUAUCGGAAUUAUAUACAGAAUGACGUCACCUAGAAAAUGUGGCCGUGAUGCUUUUCCCAUUACAUUUAUUUUGUUUUGCACAUUUGUGGCAAACGGUUAUUGUGAUAAUAAUAAUUUCAAUAAAAAUUACAAAGAAACAUUCAAGCCAAGACGUUUCAAUCCCAGAUUGAUUGAAAAUAAUAAUCAAAUUUUUCGCGAAAAUCAAAUCGAUUUCGGUUAUUUAACUUCGGUCGACCAUCAAUCUACAGUUAAGAAUUCUACACCAAAUCCAACCGAUGAAUGGAAUAACAACAACAUUCAAUGUAGGUGUAACGCAACGAAAUUACCGUCUGAAUCUACGUCGAUUGUUGACUGUCACAAUUGUGUUAAUCGUGAACGAGAAAAUGGUGAACGAGUUGUUGGUAACAACAAACUUGCCCAGUACGAUGCUAACGAAACAAUUUAUUUAAACGUUAAUUUCGAAAAUUUAACUGAUAGACAGCGACGGGAUGUGAUUGAUGAAAGUAGUACUUCAGCCAAUGGUUUACAUGAUCCAUCUACGACCCGACCAACCAUUGUGGCUGCCGUUGAAUCGAAUGACAAUGGAGAAUAUAUGAUAGACAAUGGUUAUCAUCUGGAUACAUAUGGCAAUUCCAGCUGCAUGGACGACGAUUGCAUCAAUCAUAAUUUAACAUGUGUUGGCGAAGAGCUUUAUUGCAAUUAUACGUACGACGAAUAUGUGGAAAUGUUAUACGAUUACAUUUAUCCGUCUGUAACCGAAUGGAUUCUGAUAUUCUCUCAUGCUGUGGUAUUCUUUAUGGGACUGGUGGGAAAUGCUUUAGUCUGCAUAUCGGUGUACAGCAAUUAUACGAUGAGAACGGUUACCAACAUAUUCAUUGUGAAUUUAGCUGUAGCCGAUUUUUUCGUAAUCCUCUUCUGUUUGCCGCCGACGGUGGUGUGGGAUGUUACAGAAACAUGGUUUUUGGGUGAAUCAAUGUGCAAAGUUGUGCUGUAUUUUCAGACUGUAUCCGUUACUGUAUCAGUGCUAACAUUGACAUUCAUAUCCAUUGAUCGAUGGUACGCUAUAUGUUUUCCUUUACGGUACGUUUCGACUAAUGUGCGUGCCGUUGGUUCAAUAGCAUUUAUAUGGAUGGUUGCUCUCGUAUCGGACAUACCUGAAUUUCUUUUUUCGACCACUAAGAAGAAGGCUUUGAGGUUCGGAAUCAACUUAUUCACUCAAUGCGUAUCAACCUGGGAGAAGGAAACGGAGAAGCUUUUUUACAUCGCCCGAUUCAUCGUACUGUAUGUGCUACCUCUCGUCAUGAUGACUGUGGCCUACUAUCAAAUUGUACGCGUUCUCUGGAAAUCAGAUACGAUACCCGGCCAUCGAGAAUCAAGGAAUCAAACGUACACCUGUGGAUAUUUACGUCCAUCUGGUCCAGCUGCAAAUUCAAGCACAAUGGGUCAGUUGAGGGCUCGAAGAAAAGCGGCCAAGAUGUUGGUGGCCGUUGUGGUGAUGUUCGCCAGUUGUUACUUUCCCGUUCAUGUACUCAACAUACUACGAUACACAAUCGACAUCGGCCAGAGCGAAGUUGUUACAAUAUUUUCCUUAUUUUCGCAUUGGCUGUGCUAUGCCAACAGCGCUAUAAAUCCGGUUAUUUAUAAUUUCAUGAGCGGUAAAUUCCGAAGAGAAUUCCGCAAUGCCCUGGACAAAUGUCGAUGUGGGCGUGUGCGAGUCGAAGAUCGUUCGCUCUACCACAGUACGCCAGCAACACGAAUAAACAACAUAAGUCCCAGCUCACGAAGUAAUUAUCAACUAACAAGCUUAAGAGAUAUGAAUAGCAUCCGAGACAGACAGACGAUUCAGACAUCAUUCAUAGAGAACGGCGGUAAUGGUCAUCCACAAUUGCAAAUCACACCAAUGUUGGACAAUCGUGUACCACAUUUGAAAUAUGAUCAUUGUGCCUGACGAGAAAAGAUUCGUGUCUCUUGGUCGAAGAAUUGUCCGAAGGAAAAAAGAGGCUACAAUCUUAAUAUGAUAAGUUAAGGUGAUCUA